AUGGAAAAUGAGAUUAAGAAGAGGAAAAUGGUAGAUAAAGUUGAUUUGUUGGCGAGUCCAAUCGUUUCUUGGACCUUUUCAGAGAGUUCUCUCGGCUUCUAUAACGACAUUCGUUUUUGGAGAGGGAUGACUGGAAAGGAAGUGCGAUCGUCGAAAGAAAAGGGGAAAGGAACAAGAUCUCUUGUUUCCUGGUCCCGCUUGAGAGAAAGGGUCGUUUGUGUUUUAGGGUUUCUUUUUGAUGGACGAAAUUUGCUUGAUAAUAUCAUAAGGAGGCUGUUGGGGACAAAGAAUGGGAGGACUACCAAGCAAGCGCAGUUGACGGAGGCUGAGAUAAAGCAGCUUUGUGUUGCCUCCAAAGAGUGCUUUCUUAGUCAGCCUAAUCUUCUUGAGCUUGAGGCUCCUAUCAAGAUUUGUGGAGAUGUUCACGGUCAAUUUUCUGAUCUUCUACGCUUAUUUGAGUAUGGAGGAUACCCUCCUACUGCAAACUAUUUAUUCCUAGGUGACUAUGUUGAUCGUGGCAAGCAGGGCAUUGAGACAAUUUGCCUUCUCCUUGCAUACAAAAUCAAAUACAAGGAGAAUUUUUUUCUCCUUAGAGGCAACCAUGAAUGUGCAUCAAUUAACCGUAUAUAUGGUUUCUAUGAUGAGUGCAAAAGAAGGUUUAAUGUUCGUGUCUGGAAGUUGUUUACUGAUUGCUUUAACUGCCUUCCAGUUGCUGCACUAAUUGAUGAGAAGAUACUUUGCAUGCAUGGUGGUUUAUCUCCUGAGUUGAAAAAAUUGGAUCAGAUCCAGAAGAUUUCUCGGCCUGUUGAUGUGCCAGAUCAGGGCCUUCUCUGUGAUCUUCUUUGGGCUGAUCCUGAUAAAGAUCUUGACGGCUGGGGAGAGAAUGAUAGGGGUGUUUCAUUUACUUUUGGUGCUGAUAUAGUUUCUGAAUUCCUUCAAAAACAUGACCUUGAUCUCAUUUGUCGAGCUCACCAGGUCGUAGAAGAUGGUUAUGAGUUCUUUGCAAAGCGACAGUUGGUGACCAUAUUCUCUGCUCCAAACUACUGCGGGGAAUUUGAUAAUGCAGGUGCCAUGAUGAGUGUGGAUGAUAGUUUAACUUGUUCAUUUCAGAUUCUUAAAUCUUUAGAGAAGAAAGGAAAGGGUGGAUUCGUUAGCAACAACGCAUUCAGACCAGGAACUCCACCUCACAAGGUAAGAAAGGUGGGAAGAAGGCGGGGAAGCACUGAUUGAAACUGUAGAGUUGGUAUUCAUGAAGAGUCGAAAGUGUAUGACUAAUAUGUUCUUUCUUGCAUCCAUCGUCGCUGUUCCAUUGCUCGAAUUCUGAUGUCUGGCAUGGAUAUGGAUUGAUGAUUGUAGGAUGCAAAGGGAGAAAACUGGAAGGUAAAGUUAGUGGAAUUAAAUAGGAGAGGAGGUAAGGAGCCCAGUUACCAAUUGGAACUCAAAGUUGUUCUUUUCAUAUGUAAAACUGGAAUUCUGAUUUCAGUAUGUUUAGUUUUUUUAAUUCUUGUAGGUAACAUAAUUUCAUUUCAUAUCCAAACCUUUUUAGCUU